AUGGUCGUCGCGGUCGUUUUCACCGUCACCUUCAACACCGAGGAGAGCGCGCAGGCUUUCCUUUCGGGCUUCCGAAAGCUGCAGCGUUACGUCCUCGCGAACGAGCCCGGCGCGCUCCUCUAUGAGCUCCACCGCUGCUACCACGAGGGCGCCCUCGUCCCCCUAAAGUACGUCGUCCUCGAGCGCUACCACAGCCGCUUCGAUCUCGAUGAGGUGCACCGUCGGAGCGGGCCCUUCACGGCGUUCGUCGAGCUCCUCCGCGGCCUCGACGUCGCCGCACAGAGCGUGGAGACCUUCGAAACGGCGCAAAGGGGAGACGACGAGGCCGCCGCGGAGGGGGAAAACGCGCCAGGGGCGGAAAGGACCCAUCCGCUGUUGCGGAAAGGCGUGCUCGUCUUUGGUGGCGCGCGCGUUGGACGACGGGCGGGCUAUACGGCGGCGGCCGCCCAGCUCGGUGAGCGGCUCGCGCGGCGGGAAGGGCGGGCGCUCGUCUAUGGGGGUGGCACCGCCGGCGUGAUGGGGGCCGUCGCGCGGGCGACGAAAGCCGCCGGCGGGGUUGUGAUCACGGUGAUCCCCCGCCCCCUCUGCGCGGUGGAGGCCCUGGAUGAGGUGAUUGGCGAUCUCGUUUACUACACCGAGACGAUGUCGGAGCGGAAGAGCAUCAUGUUUGCCUGCGCGGACGUCGUCGUGGCGCUACCAGGGGGGAUCGGGACCUUCGACGAGCUGUUGGAGGUGCUCACGCUGUUUCAACUCGACGCGUACCGCCCGAAGAUCGGGCUGCUCAACGUGGAUGGGUUCUAUGAGCCUUUUAUGACGCUGCUGAGGCACCUGGUGGCGGAGGGAUUUCUUCCCGAAGACGUCUUUUCGACGUUCGUUAUGGCCUCCACUGCGGACGACUUGAUGGACGCUCUUAAUCGGCUUGAGCUUCCACCGCUUUCCGAAAACAAGUUGGUGUGGUCUACGCGACCCUAA